AUGGUGCACCCAGAUAAUAUUUCAAGUAAAUUAGCUUCUUUAGUCGAUGUUAGUGCGAGUAUCGAUGAGGUGGUCGCAAAUGUGGUAGAUGUCGGAGGUGACUUUAUUAGCAAGCACGACUUUGAUGGUCGUGAAAGCAUGCUAACAUGGAUUCGUCGGAAAGCAGUUGACCUUGGGUUUGGCGUGGUAAUCGGAAGAUCAGAUAAUGGUACCGCAAGAAGAAACCCGUUUGUUACAAUGUUGUGCGAGAGAAGCGGGAAAUACAAUCCUCCUCUAAAGAAGUUUAAAAAAGACGACACGGGCCAACCUAUGGCAAGUCGGCUCAAUCCGGUUGAGAAGGCAUCUAUUAAAGACAUGUCCUUGAAUUUUGUUCAACCGAAAAAUAUACUUGCCACAUUGAAAAGGAAGGAACCCGACAACAUAUCAAACAUAAGGCAAGUGUAUAAUCAACGGUAUCGCAAUAAUAAGGCAAUUAGGGGUGAUGGGAAUGAGAUGCAACAAUUGUUGAAAAUGUUGGAUGAUAACAAAUAUUUAUCACGUAAGGUUAAAGUCGCCGUGGGGACGAAACAAGUAGCAACCGAAGGUGGGAAAGCGGUGAAGCCCGGAGUGAUUGUUGACCAAAUAAUGGACGCAUGGGCUCGUAUUGCAAAUUCGUCGACAAAAGAAUUGUACGUCGAUACCGUAUUACAAUUUUGGAAAAUAUGUGAAAAAUAUCCCGAUUUAUUGAAAUACGUUGAAAGCACCAUUCUUGACAAGGUGAAGGAGAAAAAGGGUGAUUUGUGUAAAGCAUGGGACACAAUACACCACAUGAUUUCGAACCAACACAACGAAAUAAAAACUUCGUUCGGUCAGAGCAUUACGGUUUUGGAGCAUCGGUUUAAGGACAACAUCCUUUACUCUCAAUUGAUCGGCAAUAUGUCUCGGUUCGGAUUAAACUAUAUCUUUCACGAGGCAAAACAAGGUGAAACUUUUGAUGGCGAUACCGCAAAGUGUGGUUGCACUAUCACUAGCACGUAUGGUCUCCCGUGUGCUUGUGUUCUUUCCAAAAAGGUGAGAUUAGGUGAACCAAUAAGAAUGAAUGAAGUCAUUCCUCACUGGAAGAGACUUAGUUUUGAUGAUGAUGGUUGUAUCGAAGAAGAUUCGAAUAUUUCUAUUAUUUUCGAAUUGAAGGCGAUACAAGAGAGAUUUUCGAAGGCCGAUGACAACAUGAAAUUAAUCAUCAAAGAACAAUUGCGGAGGAUUGGAUUUCCUGAAACAAUCGACAUGAUACCGCCGUCUCAACCCGUUAAGACAAAGGGUGCUCCCAAGAAAGUGAAGUCUAUGCCAAAUGACAACUCGAUAACGCGGUCUCCUUCAUAUUUUGAGCACGUCGACAAACGCUUUCCGGACUCACCUACUUCGAAAUCGCAAAAAUCUCAAAAGAGUUCAAACAAGGGAGCUCGCAUAAGCAAACCGCCUCCAACACCUAUUCCACCGCAAGUACCGCAAGUUUCGACGCCGAUUCCAACACCUAUUGCCCCAUCAAUCCAAGAGGUACAAAUUGCUCCAAAAAUUCCAUUCAUUGACGAGAUGCCGGUUUUUAUGCAUAAAUACAUCGACCAGAUCGUCAAUGUGGUGAGGGACGGUAAUUGUGGAUUCCGGGCCGUAUCGGCUUUGCUUGGUAAGGGAGAGGAUGCCCAUGAGCUUAUCGGUCAUGAUCUUAUCAAAUAA